AUGCCUCGAAGAAAAGUCGAUCCUGGUUUCAGUGAAGCUCGAUCCGAUAAUCUACCUCGUGUUGAUGCUUUUAUGGUCGCAUCUUACUUAGUUACUAACUCCAAUUUUGUAUCUGCAGAAAUGCAAGGCGCAAAAGCUAACCUGUCCGGAAGACAGUCGUAUGGAGAUGCUGCUAUUGAAUUUGUUCAACUAAAACUUCAUGGGCCAGAAUGUACUCUCAAAUGUCUUAUUUGUCCUGAGCACAGAGUACACAAUAAAACAUAUAGAGUGACUCUUGUUUUAAAUAUUGUUGAGGAAGAGAUUUUAUCGAUUCAAUGUGAUGAUUGUGCCGCAUCGUCAGGUGGAUGCAAGCAUGCGAUUGCUUUUAUAAUGUGGCUACACAGAAGAUCUGAAGAACCAUCACCGACGGAUAUUGAAUGUUAUUGGCGAAAAUCAGUUCUAUCUCAAGUUGGAUCAUCAAUAAAAUUCAUUAUGGUAAAAGAUUUUGCCAGUACUAAAGAAUCGAUUGCUUUGAAUAAACCUUUUAAUGCAUUAGAAGAAUUUGUAAAAAGAACAAAUCAAAAAACUGUACAGAGUCAAAUUUUAAAAUACUUCAAUGAUGUAAAUAACGAGCAAAGUCUUUCGAUUCAUAAUUUAUUAGUAAAUUUCAUUAAUGAAGGAGGAACAUCUUAUGAUGAAUUUUUAACAUUCAGCAGAAGUCGAAUGUCAAAAGAUUUGUGUGAGCGAAUUGAAAAAAUGACUCAAGAUCAAGCAAACUGUGAGCUCUGGUUUACAUUGCGCUACGGACGAGUUACUGCAUCAAAGGCAUAUGAAGCAUCACGUUGUAAUACACCGAAUGGAAUUUUAGUGGAGUUGUUGGUCGGUGGUAAAAAAUUGCGGAAUACAAAAGCUAUGGAACGAGGCAAAAAAUUAGAAGCAAUGGUUUUACAACAAGUUGAACAGAAGAUGAAAAAAAAGUUUAAUAAAUGUGGUUUAUUUUUAUCCGAAAAAUAUCCUUAUCUAGGAGCUUCGCCUGAUGCUAUUGACGACGAAUUUUUUAUUGAAAUUAAAUGCCCAACGUCAGAUAAAAGUGCUCGUACAUAUAUUGAUACUAAUAAUUACGAUAAAGUAGCAAUGAAGUACAUAACGCAAAUGCAAAUGCAAAUGCUUUUUGCCGGAAGAAAAAAAGCGAUGUUUGUUGUUGCAGACCCGAACUUCGAACAUAAAAAAAGCAAUAAAAUAAUUAAGAUCAAAAACGUAUUAUUUUAA